UCCUUGAGAGGACCCUCACGCUCACUUACUCAUAAAGACCUCGUGGCUCUGAAUCAACAGGCACUGCAGGACUGAAAAUCUGCUCAACACCACAAGAAGAGAGGAGUAUAAGUUUGAGCUGAGUCGAGCUCAACCCUGCCAGUUCAUCUAUGCAGUUCCCAUGAGGACCCUCGCACGUACUCACUCGUAAAGACCUCAUGGAUCGUACUUCAACAGGUAUUGGACUGAAAAAACUGCUCAACACCAAGACAUGAGAAUACAAUUUUGAGUCAGUCGAGCUCAACCCGCCAGAUCAUCCACACUUAGGCUAACACUCCUUGAGAGGACCCUCACGCACACUUACUCAUAAAGACCUCGUGGCUCUGAAUCAACAGGCACUGCAGACCUGAAAAACUGCUCAACAUCAUAAGAAGAGAGGAGAUCAUCCACACUUAGGCUAACACUCCUUGAGAGGAACCUCACACUCACUUACUCGUGAAGACAUCGUGGCUCUGAAUCAACCGGCACUGCAGGACUGAAAAUCUGCUCAACACCACAAGAAGAGAGGAGUAAGUUUGAGCUGAGUCGAGCUCAACCCUGCAAGGUCAUCUAUGCAGUUCCCACGGGGACCCUCGCACGUACUCACUCGUAAUGACCUCAUGGAUCGUACUUCAACAGGUAUUGGACUGAAAAAACUGCUCAACACCAAGACAUGAGAAUAGUUAAAACGGCAUGCAGAUGAAAAGAAAAGCCCAGGAGACAGUGAAGCUGGUUCCAGAAAGCGCAAACUCGAGAAUAGAAACGACAAGCUUGCUUCGAACAUGGAAGAAAAUCAACGAGGACAGAGUGGACAUGGAGCAGACAAGCAGGAGGGUCAUGACGCCAAAGUCGAUGGAACUGGAACAGGACAGGGUCACAGGAAACAUAAAGCUGUGGUAACUGGAGAUGGAGUUAAAAUUGAUUUGGAGACUGUUAAUAGAGCCUUUCUUGAAUUAGCAGAGAAAGGUCGUCGAGAUACUGUUAAGAUAUUGAUAGAUGCUGAGGCUGAUGUUAAUGCCAAGGACAUUAACAAUGACAUACUCUUGCUUGCAUCAGCAUCUGGAGGUCAUUCUGAUACUGUAAAGAUAUUGAUAGAUGCUGGGGCUGAUGUUGAUGCCAAGGACAUUAACAAUGUCACACCCUUGCUUGCAUCAGCAUCGGGAGGUCAUUCUGAUACUGUCAAGAUAUUGAUAGAUGCUGGGGCAGAUGUUAAUGCCAAGACCACUAACAAUGACACACCCUUGCUUGCAUCAGCAUCGGAAGGUCAUUCUGAUACUGCCAAGAUAUUGAUAGAUGCUGGGGCUGAUGUUAAUGCCAAGAACACUAACAAUGACACACCCUUGCUUGCAUCAGCAUCGGGAGGUCAUUCUGAUACUGCCAAGAUAUUGAUAGAUGCUGGGGCUGAUGUUGAUGGCAAGACCACUUACAAUGUCACACCCUUGCAUGAAACAUCAUGGAGAAGUCAUGAUGAUACUGUAAUGAAAUUUAUAGAUGAUGUGGCUGAUGUUCUUGCCAACUACACUUACAAUGACACACCCUUGCUUGCAUCAGCACGGGGAGGUCAUUCUGAUACUGUCAAGAUAUUGAUAGAUGCUGGGGCUGAUGUUGAUGCAAAGGGCACUAACAAUGUCACACCCUUGCUUGCAUCAGCACGGGGAGGUCAUUCUGAUACUGUCAAGAUAUUGAUAGAUGCUGUGGCUGAUGUUCUUGCCAACUACACUAACAAUGACACACCCUUGCUUGCAUCAGCACGGGGAGGUCAUUCUGAUACUGUCAAGAUAUUGAUAGAUGCUGGGGCUGAUGUUGAUGCAAAGGGCACUAACAAUGACACACCCUUGCUUGCAUCAGCACGGGCAGGUCAUUCUGAUACUGCCAAGAUAUUGAUAGAUUCUGGGGCUGAUGUUAAUGCAAAGGGCGCUAACAAUGACACACCCUUGCUUGCAUCAGCACGGGCAGGUCAUUCUGAUACUGCCAAGAUAUUGAUAGAUGCUGGGGCUGAUGUUGAUGCAAAGGACACUGACAAUGACACACCCUUGCUUGCAUCAGCACGGGCAGGUCAUUCUGAUACUGUCAAGAUAUUGAUAGAUGCUGUGGCUGAUGUUGAUGCCAAGGACACUAACAAUGUCACACCCUUGCUUGCAUCAGCAUGGGAAGGUCAUUCUGAUACUGUCAAGAUAUUGAUAGAUGCUGGGGCUGAUGUUAAUGCCAAGAGCACUAACAAUGUCACACCCUUGCAUAAAUCAGCAUGGGAAGGUCAUUCUGAUACUGUCAAGAUAUUGAUAGAUGCUGGGGCUGAUGUUAAUGCCAAGGACACUAACAAUGUCACACCCUUGCAUAAAUCAGCAUGGGAAGGUCAUUCUGAUACUGUCAAGAUAUUGAUAGAUGCUGGGGCUGAUGUUAAUGCCAAGGACACUAACAAUGUCACACCCUUGCAUAAAUCAGCAUCGGAAGGUCAUUCUGAUACUGUCAAGAUAUUGAUAGAUGCUGGGGCUGAUGUUGAUGCAAAGGGCACUAACAAUGUCACACCCUUGCUUGCAUCAGCACGGGGAGGUCAUUCUGAUACUGUCAAGAUAUUGAUAGAUGCUGGGGCUGAUGUUAAUGCCAAGAACACUGACAAUGACACACCCUUGCUUGCAUCAGUACGGGGAGGUCAUUCUGAUACUGUCAAGAUAUUGAUAGAUGCUGGGGCUGAUGUUGAUGCCAAGGACAUUAACAAUGUCACACCCUUGCAUUAUAUAGCAUUGGAAGGUCAUUCUGAUACUGUCAAGAUAUUGAUAGAUGCUGGGGCUGAUGUUCAUGCCAAGAACACUAACAAUGUCACACCCUUGCAUUAUUCAGCAUGGGAAGGUCAUUCUGAUACUGUCAAGAUAUUGAUAGAUGCUGGGGCUGAUGUUGAUGCCAAGAACACUAACAAUUUCACACCCUUGCAUUAUUCAGCAUGGGAAGGUUAUUCUGAUACUGUCAAGAUAUUGAUAGAUGCUGGAGCUGAUGUUAAUGCCAAGAACACUAACAAUGACACACCCUUGCAUAAAUCAGCAUGGGGAGGUCAUUCUGAUACUGUCAAGAUAUUGAUAGAUGCUGGGGCUGAUGUUGAUGCCAAGAACACUAACAAUGACACACCCUUGUUUGCAUCAGCACGGGCAGGUCAUUCUGAUACUGCCAAGAUAUUGAUAGAUGCUGGGGCUGAUGUUGAUGCCAAGAACACUAACAAUGUCACACCCUUGCAUAAAUCAGCAUUGGGAGGUCAUUCUGAUACUGUCAAGAUAUUGAUAGAUGCUGGGGCUGAUGUUAAUGCCAAGGACACUAACAAUGUCACACCCUUGCUUGCAUCAGCACGGGGAGGUCAUUCUGAUACUGUCAAGAUAUUGAUAGAUGCUGGGGCUGAUGUUAAUGCCAAGGACACUAACAAUGUCACACCCUUGCAUAAAUCAGCAUGGGGAGGUCAUUCUGAUACUGCCAAGAUAUUGAUAGAUGCUGGGACUGAUGUUAAUGCCAAGACCACUAACAAUGUCACACCCUUGCUUGCAUCAGCACGGGGAGGUCAUUCUGAUACUGUCAAGAUAUUGAUAGAUGCUGGGGCUGAUGUUGAUGCAAAGGGCACUAAGAAUGACACACCCUUGCUUGCAUCAGCAUCGGAAGGUCAUUCUGAUACUGUCAAGAUAUUGAUAGAUGCUGGGGCUGAUGUUGAUGCAAAGGGCAUUAACAAUGACACACCCUUGCUUGCAUCAGCACGGGGAGGUCAUUCUGAUACUGUCAAGAUAUUGAUAGAUGCUGGGGCUGAUGUUGAUGCCAAGGACAUUACCAAUGUCACACCCUUGCAUUAUUCAGCAUCGGCAGGUCAUUCUGAUACUGUCAAGAUAUUGAUAGAUGCUGGGGCUGAUGUUAAUGCCAAGACCACUAACAAUGUCACACCCUUGCUUGCAUCAGCACGGGGAGGUCAUUCUGAUACUGUCAAGAUAUUGAUAGAUGCUGGGGCUGAUGUUGAUGCAAAGGGCAUUAACAAUGUCACACCCUUGCAUAAAUCAGCAUUGGGAGGUCAUUCUGAUACUGUCAAGAUAUUGAUAGAUGCUGGGGCUGAUGUUAAUGACAAGGACAUUACCAAUGACACACCCUUGCAUAAAUCAGUAUGGGGAGGUCAUUCUGAUACUGUCAAGAUAUUGAUAGAUGCUGGGGCUGAUGUUGAUGCCAAGGACAUUACCAAUGUCACACCCUUGCAUUAUUCAGCAUCGGCAGGUCAUUCUGAUACUGUCAAGAUAUUGAUAGAUGCUGGGGCUGAUGUUAAUGCCAAGACCACUAACAAUGUCACACUCUUGCUUGCAUCAGCACGGGGAGGUCAUUCUGAUACUGUCAAGAUAUUGAUAGAUGCUGGGGCUGAUGUUAAUGCCAAGGACACUAACAAUGUCACACCCUUGCAUCAAGCAACUAGAAGAGGGGAUUUACAAGUAGUUGUGGGACUCAUACUAAAGGGGGCUAAUGUGAAUCUUAAGAACAACUGUGGUGUGAUACCUAUUCAUCUGGCAGUAGAAGGUAGAUACAUACAAAUCAUAAAUGAACUAAUGAACAAAACUGAUUUAGCUGACCCUGGUGCACUCUCGAUAUUACACUCUUUAUUACUGGAAACCGAUAUUGGUAUGCUGAAGAUUAUGUGCCGCAAUUCAUCAGUCUACCGUGCUUGUGGCAAUUACGGGAGGACCUUACUCCAUGUUGCCGGACAACUCGGCUGCCAUGAAUACAUUCAACAUUUAACAACAUGUGAUGGAGUCCAGGUUAAUAACAAAGAUCACUUUGGAAAGAGUUCACUCCACUACGCCGUAGAGAUUGGGAAUGAAGAGACAAUACAUGAACUUCUAGAAGCUGGUUGUGAUGUUCAUGAAUUAGACUUAGCACGGAAGUCAGUUUUGCACCAUGCUGCAAUAAAUGGACACUGCAAUCUUAUAGGAUUUUUCAUUGAAAAAUAUAGGUUAGAUCCAUAUCAGGCUGAUGUUGAUGGCAGGAACUGUCUCCAUUAUGCUGUGAUCUAUCGAAAUGAGGACGUAGUUGCCCUGUUGAUGGAGAAAUACAGUGAUCCUAGGAAGGAUGCAAGGGACUAUCGAAACAAGACACCGACUGACUACUUGCAUCAGUGUGAAGAAGGCAGUUUGACAUCAAAAUACCUUCGAGGCUGGACAUCAGGAGUUACUGCAAUUGAGCUUGGUAACACCGAAAGUGAUGAUCAUACUGCCGGAGAAUGCUCUGAUAUUACAAAUAUUCCUGACUUGUGCAAAAUUUCAGAACAACCAUACAUUGGGUCUGUAAUGGCAAUCACAGGACACGAUAAUGUAAAAUUUGUCAAAUAUGUUAAAGAAAAGGUGCAACAAGUUAUAAAAGAGGUACUACCACAGAUCACGGAAGUGAAGGUUAUUGGGGUUGGAAGUUCAUUUGAGGCAUCAAAGCAUGGCAUGCCUGAUGAAUUUGAUUUUUUGGUGAAGUUGGGACCUAUUUAUUCUGAAAAAGGUGAUAAACAUGAAGGAUAUCAAAAUAUGAAGGAUUUUAAUUUCAGGGAUGAAUCUGUGGGACCUGUCAUUGGGUCACAUGGGAUGUGGAUGUGGAGCAGACUCAUGGAAUAUUGGAGUGAUUGCGUAUCAAACAAAAAGGCCACACGAAGUGAUGGUGAUCGCAGCUUCUGUAUGUUAUCGCCACCUCAGAGACAUCCUGAUCGUAAAACCUGCACGACAUGGAUCUGGCUGUACAGUGAUGAAAUGUUUACCGACUUGCCAAUAUCAAUAGACUUGGUGCCUGCCAUUGAGGUUGACAUCGAUGAACAGGAAGACUGGGAAUUAGCAUUGAUGAUUUUUAAGAGAGAAGACUGGAAACGACCAAAUAAGUACAUAGUUCCUAAAAUUCCAUACAGGACCAGCACGGUAGCACAAAACAUUGAACCAGACAAACUUAAUCAGCUUGGGCGAGUCUCCUACCCAACAAUAGAGGUGGAAUUCCUCAAAACUUUGGAUAAACGGAUGAAGGCUGUCUUCAUCACAGCAAAAUGUGUGAGAAAGGCAGAGGUAUGUGGCUUCAAAAUUAAAAGCAACAAGGGUGAUAUGGUAUGUGGCUACAAAAUUAAAAACAACAAUGUCAAUAUUAAGUCGGUCAGUGAGUUAGUAACCAGCUACAGAUUGAAAUCUGUAUUCUUGCAUCUGGUUGAACUGUUCCUGAAGUCAGACAUGUCCCUCGGGAAAAUGGUCCUGAUGGUGUAUGAACAUUUAGAAAAGUGUCUCGAGAGAGAUAAUCUACCAAUGCCCAUGGAUAAUAAGGUCAAUGUGUUGGCUGGGUCCAAGCUGAGUACAGAAGACAGCCUCCAGGUGACCAGGAUCAUGGCAAGGUUUGUCAGGCGACUGUACGAGAGGGAUGUCUCAGCUGAACAACGGGAGAGAGACUCAAGAGAAGAGGCUCAGGGACUAACGAGACUAAGAGCAGAGUACGAUCAGGAACUGGAUGAAUGGACUAUUAAGAGGGAUCAAAGAAGGAAACCAAAUUACUGGGAGGAAUUUUUGCCUGAUUUUGAUAAUAAACCAAUACUGAAUCCAAUCCUGUUUCCAAAGCUUCCCAGGUAGUGACAUUCGGUUACAUCACACCAGUUUCUUUCUCGGUGUAGUUUAACCCUUUCUUCUGGAGACAUAGCCAUGAACCUUUCAAAGCUGAAUAAAUGAUAAAUGCACUUAAGUCUAUAUGCUUACAGCAAAAAGUUCUUAUGUCUCCUCAAAUGCGUGGUUCUGCAAUAUAUUGUGUCUAUUCAAGCAUUGUAGGUCUCUGGUAGCGCCUUGGGGACGGAAUCCAAGCUGAGGUUCCUAAUGUAACCAAUGGUUAACAACCACAGGCUUCGUCAUCAAUGAUAACUGUUAUGAAUUCGGUGCUCAUUGACUGAUUGAGUUAGCUUGUGUGUAAGUAACUCAAAUGAAAAAGCUACGGCCGUGUGUGAGCAUCGGAUCAAUCUUUGGCAGACAAGUUAUAACCAUUCUGCUAAAGAAACAUGCUAUAUAUGGGUAUGGGGCAGAAGCAGCACAGUGGAAGAGAGUCGGCCUCUGGAUCGAGAGGUUGUGGGUUUGACUCCCAGCUAAGUCACUGCUUGGUUCCCCUACUGGUCGAGUUCAAGUGAGCGUCUUCUGGUUGCUCCUUGAAAUCCGUGAUUGAUUUCUGUGGAGACCAGGUAAUCAUAUGGUACCCCAAAAGUGCUUUGAACAGGGAAACAUUGAAAAGCGCGAUAUAAGAACUCAACGUGAUUAUUUUAUCAUAGUUUAGACUGGCUGAUUUGCCAAAUAUCAUUUGACUCUUGUGACCUUGAAUAUUUGGUCAAAUCUAAGGUGCUCAGCUGACAGAUUGGGGGUGGGCCAAUGAAAAUGAGCCCACAGCUACAUGUAAAUAUGGAAUUGUGCAAAUAGUAUCAGAGCUGGUACCUAUUAAAUAUUGCAGACACAUUUAUACUAUAUUUACUAUCCUUUGUACAUAUUACAGAGAAAAUCGGAUGACCAUAGCUCAAACACUGGGACUAUAAGAGCAGUUAUGGAAAUCAGACAUUUUUGAUAGUUCGCGCAACUAUCUAUUUUUUUAUGUAUUUUAAUGUAUCUUGAUCAUUCUCGUUUCACAAUGUUACUUAAUUAGCUUCCGACAAUCAUUUAGCACAGCUUAGUUAAGAAUAACAUUUAAACAAUUUUUUAUAAUUUGUUUUAAUGAGCUUGUUUCAUGUGUUAUUGAGAUGUUGGAUCAGCCACUCAAAAACAUGUUUGUGUUGGGCUAUUUUUGAAUUUCUGUCCCCAGGUGAAUUUGUGUUGUAAUACAAAUGUAGUUGUUACAUGUACUAGAUUUCUUUGUGAAUCUAAUGUUAUUAUCUAAAUUCAGAUUUUGGACUCCAGACUGGGAACAAACAUAAUUAGUUUUCCUCUCUGUGAUGAUGAAUGCAUAUUGAAUUUAUGAAGUUUUUGAAGCUAAAUAGCAAACUCAUGCCAUUUAAUCUCUUUGACCUCGAACAUUAGGUCAAAUGAAAAACUUGUAUGAGAGGUGCCUAUGAUGAUAAUACUGUCAUAAAUUGAAGAUUUGCUGCACUAUUUAUGUUUUAAGUUUUCGCCCUCUGGUGGCUAAAUUAAGGGUCAGAUUGAACUGAAAUUAAGUGUCAAAGGUCAUCUGACCGAGGGGAUUAUGUGUACAAAAUUUGAAUUUCAUAGGAGGUUAUCUUGAUAUCAAACAUACCUUAUCUCGGUAUCACACAUCACUUGUACUGUAGAAGAACAAAAUAAAACAUACC